GGCUUAGUAAAAGCUAAUAGUACACUCAUUUUGGUUGCUGAUUCCCUAAUUUGCAUAUUAGUUCCAUGCUUUGCUUUGUUGUGUUCUGUGAAGGAACCUUCACCAUUAUGAUGGCGUUGACGUCACCUAGUUCUACAUUCCGUACACUGUGGAUUUGAGGUGCGUUUGUAGAUUCUCCAUCACUUGGUAUCUCAAAGCUCAGCUAUCCAGUCCCUCUGAAAAGACACUUGUUCACUGCGUUCAGCAAACCUGUUUAUUCAAACCUGUUCAAAACUUUAAACUUGAAAUAACUGCCUGAAACAUGGAAACCCACAUCAUUUUUAAACAUGUCCAAAAGAUGAGACCAUCCUGCUUCUCUGUAGAAGAGCAAUGUUGCUACUACGCAGAGAAAAUGAUGCUGAGGCAGUUUAUGCUCAUGAAGCAGCAGGGUCAAGUUCCUGAUUAUUUAUCUGUCAAAGACAUGAAGACCUGGCUGUUGAGAGGAAGAAGAUUCCUGGAGGAGUUUCAGGAAAUAAAUGAGAGUAUAGGGGAAAGGGACCUGUUCAAGGCUGAAUUGGCCUGGACCGCAGCGAGGCACUUCUGUCUCGCUCAGAUGGAAGAAGAGCUCCUGGAGGAACUGGACAAAGAAAAGCAGCUUUCACAGCUGCUGAGCAGGAAGGUCACAUUGGAGGGCCUUCAGAUGUUUGUCUCAGUCAUCUACCCAGCAGCAGAGGAGGAUGUACAAACCUUCCUUCCAACUAUGCACAGCAACCUGCUAGGAAUCUUUGGUGGCAUUCAGGUCACCAGCGGUGACGACAAACCAGCAGAGCUCUUGGAGCUUGAACAGAGUGCUGCGUCCCUGGUGCCAGAGGUGGUGGACAUUGCUCUGACGUUCCUUCUGGAGGAACCAGAGCUGAAAGACAAGUGUAACCUUGCCAGUGCUCAGAUUGGCAAACUGCUGACAGACUCAGCAGCUCCUUGCCUUUCUCACUUUGUAUCUGUGUCUAGAAUUGUUAUGCUUUGCAUCUGCACUACAGCUGCCCGAUCCAUUGUAAAAGCCAUCUUUGAGAGGUUCGACCAGUGCUCCAAGUCCUUCCACCAGAUGGACUAUGAUGAAAGUUAUUUGUCUGCCAGAUAUGGUACCAUCUGUGCUAUCCAUGAUAUGGGCAAUGAAAAGCACCUUCGGCUCUGCACCUCAGAGGGGCAGGAAGAGGCACUUCUUCAGAAGAGAGAGGUUUCUCCACAAUUGGACGAAAAUAUGGCCACUGCUCCAAAUGAUGUGACCGAGGACGCAUUCUCGGCCAAAUCGGGUACCAAUGUGGCUGUGUUCAUGGCUGAUGAGAUUCAAGUACUGCAGCAGGAAGAAGAAACACAGAAAUCCCUUAUCCAGCACUGUGAUCUGAAGAAAAAGAAGGGAGUGCGUGCCUUCUUCCGUGGUGUCUGGAAGAGGAUGAGAUCCUGCUUUAGUGCAUCCACUAAGGACUAAAUCUCAUCAAGAAUCUGGCUUGUUUUAUUCCAACAAAAAUUCAACAAAAAUCCACGGAUCGUUCAACAUUUCUUUUUUUACAGCAUUUAGUCUUUUCUUUUGUUUUUUCUUCCUUCUAUUAUUCUGCUUCCCUCAUCCCCCAUCCCUUCAUCCCUGCUCCCCUCAUCCCUUCAUCUCCUCA